GCUACACAACCAUUAUUGCUGAGAUACCAGUCAAGUACUUUUGUUUAUUUCACCUUCCUUGGUCUAUUGAGCAGCCCUUUGUUCUCUGGUUCUUCCUUCAAGCCAGUAUCAGUAGCAUUCUCCAAUCAACGCAUACAUGUCGUCCUCGGCCGUUUGGCAGUCGCAGAUAGACCAGCACCCGGCGUUUACGCCCACGCGAAUCCCUUCGCUCUACUCUGACUUUACCCACCUCAAGGAAACCAACCCGGAAGGUUAUGCCGCCAAUCUCAGAGCAUGGAAGUCCUUGCUUUUGGGCUACCCCAAGUUUGUAUUCACCGGGGGGAAUGAGCUCCUACAGGCCCUUGUGCGCAACGGAAAUCACCCGCUACAUGUGGAUUCCGCUCUCGAUAAAUCCGUGACAGAGAACUCCUUGGUGCCCCUUUCAGUCUAUGAAAGACACACAUCUUAUUAUGACUCCCAGAAAAUGUCGGUGGGGAAGCUUUUGGGAUGGUUUUCCUUGCAAGUCGGGUUUGGAGUCUACCACAGCGCAGUCAAAAGCCCCAGUACUACCUCUAACUGGCUCAAACAAGACAGCUACAUCAAUAUCAGAAAACUUGAGGGAUUUUGUGCCGAUGUGGUUCUCCCCGUGGUGAAGAGGCAUUCCGGCACGAGAGCGUGGGUGGUACAGAAAGAUGUUUUGUUUGAAGCAAUAGAGGCGGAGAUGGAGGCUCGGACGAAAGGGGAGAGAAAGGAAAACCGAGCUUCGAAGUUGGACUUGCGUGACUUUGGAGUGCUUUUGACGUAUUUAACCCGUGAUGUGAAAGUCUGUGUGAGGCAGGGAACCAUUUUCAAGUUUUCAGAGCGCAUUUCCGUCUCGAUGGAUCUAUCCAUUUUGGUUGCAGAAGAGCCCCCUCUUGAGAUCACUGAACAGGAUGUAUCCAUGUUGUCGAUCAGAAGCACCCUCAGUCAAUUGGAGCGCCACCAGAAAGACUUGCACGAGCGAAUUCUGGAGAAGGAAACACAGAUCAAGGAACAGCUUCAGAAAAAGAAUCUCCCACAGGCGAAGCUCCAGUUGAAGAGCAAAAUGCUUUUGCUAAACUCCUUAGAAAAGUCCACUGCAAGCCACAACCAGAUCUUGGAGGUGGUGGCAAAGAUUGACGAAUCGUCUAAUAAUCUCCAGGUACUGCAGGCGUUGGAGCAAUCGAGAACGGUCUUGAAGGAGUUGAGUAGACAAGCUGGGAGCUUAGAGCUCAUUGACGAGCUCAUGGGCGAGAUUAGUGAUGAGGUUGAGAAUGUCAACGAGGUUAGUGAGAGGUUGGCAAUGCAAGAGUUAAGGGAUGUGGAGGUUGAUGAGGAGUUUGAGUCGAUGGUACAGGAAGAAGCGAUGAAGAAACAGAGGUUGGACAAAAAGGGUGUGAUCAGUGGCCAGGCGAGUGAAGUUGACGCGUUACUUGCUCCUUUGGAGGCGUUAGAAGCAGGUAAGCAUGCACCAGAGGAUGACAUCGGUAAGGUGGCGGAGAUUGCCAAUUAGAUAACCACCAAAAGCCGUACUACAUUCCCAAAGACCCUUGACCUAAAUUUCCCGGAUUCCAUUGCACGGUACGAUUUGCCGUUAAAUAUGCGUGGGUUCUCCCGCGCAUCACUUUUUUCCACCAACGUUCGUUUCCGUGUCUAAUGUAACGGCUCUAAUUCAAAUAAUAUCAAAGGUGCAUGGCAUAUUGAAUGCUGUUCACCGAUAGCUGGUUACAUCCAUGGCUUCAACCGCCAUUCGUUUAGAUUAUCUCACCCAAUCCUAUAACAGAUAUUCAUCCUCUGGAUUUUCGAUAAUGACUUUUAUAAGAGUUUCA